UCUACUUCCGCCAAGCCAAGGGGGUCAAGGGUGACGCAAGAUGGCAGCGCCCAUAAGCGGUGAAAGCGUGCAGCGGAGAAUGCUGGCGGCGGCCGGGACUCUUCUGGGGCGGCGGCUGAGGUGGCCCGCACCGGCCCGCGAGCACUGGAGACCGGCCGGGCGCUCACGCAGCCGGCGAGAGGCGGCCGAGGCCGAAGUGGGCGCUCCCGUGUUCCAGUACGUGGGCGAGCGCGCAGCCCGCUCCGAUCGCGUCUUCGUAUGGGGCUUCAGCUUCUCGGGGGCUCUCGGCGUGCCCAGCUUCGUGGUGCCGGCCUCGGGGCCCGAACCCCGCGCUGGGCUGCGGCCCCGACGCAGAAUCCAGCCGGUACCCUACCGCCUGGAGCUGGACCAUAAGAUCUCCUCUGCUGCCUGUGGCUAUGGAUUCACCCUGCUGUCCUCUAAAACCAAGGAUAUUACGAAAGUUUGGGGUAUGGGACUCAACAAAGACUCUCAGCUUGGAUUCCACAGGAGCCGGAAGGAUAAAACCAGGGGCUAUGAGUACAUUUUGGAGCCCUCGCCUGUCCCGCUGCCCCUGGACAGACCUCAGGAGACGAAGGUGUUGCAGGUGUCCUGCGGUCGAGCACACUCCCUUAUCCUGACAGACAGAGAAGGAGGUGAGUGGUCCUCUUUGGUGCAGGUGAAUGUCCCUCGGUGCCUGCCUUUCCCCGAAGUAGGCAAGGUGAAGCAGGCGGCUUGUGGUGGCACGGGCUGUGCUGUAUUAAAUGAAGAAGGGCAUGUCUUCGUCUGGGGCUAUGGGAUUCUUGGGAAAGGACCAAACCUCUUGGAAACGGCGCUUCCAGAAAUGAUUCCACCCACGCUCUUCGGCUUGACGGAGUUCAACCCCAGCGUCCGGGUUUCCCAGAUCCGAUGUGGGCUUAGCCAUUUUGCUGCACUCACCAACAAGGGUGAGCUGUUUGUGUGGGGCAAGAACAUCCGAGGGUGCUUGGGGAUUGGACGCCUCGAAGACCAGUACUUCCCAUGGAGGGUGACGAUGCCCGGCGAGCCCGUGGACGUGGCAUGUGGUGUGGAUCACAUGGUGACUCUGGCCAAGUCAUUCAUCUGAAUCUCCUUCUGGGCCCAUCCCCGGCUGGUCCAGCCUCCAAACUAUACCAACAGCCGCAGCUUGGCAGAGGCAGGGUGUGGCCACCGGCACAGGAUACUGGGAUGAUACUGGGAGAGGGCCAGGGCCUGUGUGGAGCAGGAUACUCUGUGUCCUCAGUGGGGACAAGACCCUCCCCCACUGAGGCUCCUGGCUGCUGAGCUCAGUUCAGGAUGGUCGCUCUUGGCAUGGUGUGCUCCUGAGGAGUACCAGGGCAUGAGGCCCUAGGGUGGCCAGGCUGAUGCCCUUUCCAAGUAACACAUGGUGGCCUCUGGGGAUGCGUCUUGCCUGACACACUAUUCUUAGGGGAAGUUCAUUAUUCAUGGCACAUUUGAUAUUAAGAGAUUGGAAACAGGACAAGGCACUCAGAACUUGUUUCCCUAUCACAACAGGACACACUUGGGCUGCUGGCCGGCCCAGCUCAGCAAGAGAGCCAGCUGCCUUCAGCUAGGGCCUCUCUGAUCAGCUGCCACCCCAGACUCUUCAUGGAGUGGCCAGGGUGAGCCAGCCUCCCCCCCCCCCCCCCCCCCCCAUGGCUCUACAGUGUCCCAGCCUUGGAACCUUCUCCCUGCCUGGCUUUGAAGAGUCCAGAAGCCCCUGAAGAAAAGCUGCAGGCCAAAUGCUUGUGGGCUGAGGGCUGUGGAAUCUUGGCUGGAGGGCCAGCCUUGGAGUAGGAAGCCUCAGAAACUGGGGAAAUGCUUGUUUUGAAGAAAGCUUGUCUUUUGCUUUCAGACAGUGUUUGCAAAGU